AAAGAUUUAAAUUUCAUAAAAAAAAAUAUUUAUUUAGAUCACUUGACGAGUUUUUGCAGCAGUACAAGGACAAGAGGAAACUAGCACAUCUUAGAAGAAUCAAAAUUGACAAAAUGCGGGAACUCUUAAACGCUAAACGACAACCGCAGGUUGCACCGGCACGACCUGCUCCACCUAUCCCCGGGCAAACGAGUGGUCAGAACUCGUUUCUUCCCUAUCCAACCAGCGCAGCGGCCGGUUACCCCACCUUGCCCGGACCCGCCUACCCACCCGUGUCCCAGCCUGGCUACCCCACCCUGCCCGGCUACCCAGCCCGGCCCGCCUAUGGUGUACCAGCCUAUCCUCCCCAUUCCAACCCUAGCUACCGUCUGCCCACCCCGCCAUUCAGAUAGAGCGGAUAGAUAGAUAGUUCUCAUAUAAAUUUGAUAAUUGAUAAACAAAUAUUCUAGAAUCUAAAUUGUAAACAAACAUUUAAAUGAUUCAAGUUUUUCUCUAAUAACAAAGGAACUGCUGACCUAAUUUUAGGCUAAAAUUGUGACAUGUCUGAUUCACAUGGCACCCUUUAGAUUUAUAUACGAGGACGACAUCGUCAUUUUCAUUUUUUGUUUCUGCUGUAAAAAGUGGUGAGACUUUAUGGACAUUGAUAAAUUUUUAGAUAGAAAAAUAUGGAUUUAUCUUCAUAAUUUUUUAUUCUGGUAAAUGUAAAAGGGUACCGUGUUGGAUUAAAUUAUUAUGGAGGGUGAUAUGAAAUUUCGUCUACAGUUCCUUUAAGAAAAAGAACCAUUUUCUAAAUAUUAAAAUGUAUCAAAAUUCAUUUACUCUCAGAUAAAUUAGAACCAAUUUAAAUUUAAAAUAUUGUAUUUUUAAUUUUUCAUAUUUAAUUUUUCUGAGAGUUAAUGACAUUCCUAUAUAAAAAGCUGGGUUAAACAUGGACCUGUCUGUAUAGAUAAGUUUUUAGAUUAACGGAAUUAAUUAAAAUUAAAAUUUGUUGCAUACCAACAAUACCAGCUUUUUUAUUAAGGAAUGUGUAUUUAAAUAAGUUUAAAAAUUCGAUAUAAAUUAAGAUUUAAUUUUCUAUAUAGAGUUUAGUAUUUGAUAUUAUAUUAAGUUAGAGGGGUGGAGAAGCGGGCCGAUGCCCCCCAUAAUCCUCCUUUUUUUGUAUGGUGUCCAUUAUUGAAUUUACUCGUAUUUCAGAAA